AUGGCUCGGCUCUUCCUUUUAGUCCUCCUCUCAGUAGUUUCCUCCUUGAGCGGAUUACAUGGCCAGUUCUCCACGACGGACUAUCCUGACUGCUCCAACAAGGACAACUACACCAUGGCCAGCCCGUACCAGGUGAACCUCGCCGAGCUCAUGCAUGGCCUCUUGGUCAGCGCCAUCGACAACGGCGGCUUCGCCAGCCUUACGGCUGGCGAGGCGCCUGACAAGGUCUUCGGCCUCUCUAACAUUAUGUGCUACGCCGACGGCAACUGGACCAAUUGCAAGUACUGCAUCAGAGCCGCAACCGGCGGCAUACAGCAAGCGUGCCCGUUCAGCCGGGUGGCCAGGGCCUGGUACGACGUCGCGUGCGUGCUGCGGUACUCGAACGAAUCCUUCUUCUCCGUCGCCAGCCUUGACAUUACUCGCAUGACUGAUCACGACGGGGCAACCAACGCCGAGGUGUUCGACGCGGCGCGCAGCGUGAACGCAACUCGAUGGAAGCUGAUGAGCCGACUCACGGUGGAGGCUGGCAGCUCCUCCCUCCGGUUGGCGAACGGAAGCGAGCGGUACACGGACUCGCAAGGUAUGGAGCAGGACAUGUACGGCAUGGCACAGUGCACGAGGGACCUAAACGCUAGUGAGUGCAGCAGCUGCUUGAGAGAUCAUCUUCCAGCUUAUUCAAACCUAUUGCCACUGAUGAAAUUUGCAAACAAAUCCUUUAGUGGCUUCAUGGGGUAUAGCUGCUACAUGCGGUACUCGAUAGGCAUCCCCAUACCCAUCACCAUCUUUCCAGUAGCCGAGCCGCCGCCAGGGACACGAGUCACACUCACACCACUCCCACCAGCUUCACCAUCACCCUCCUCAACCGUGCCGGCUAGCAGCAGGAGAAGCGCGCUGAUAGUGGGCGCCUCAGCCAGCUCCAUCGCGUUCGCAAUCAUCGCUGGUAUGUCUCUUUGGUUUGGUUUGCGCCGUAGGAGGCAAAAGAAGUCAGCGAGAGAGCAAGAAAACCAAUUGUUCGACGAGCAGCCCAUGGAAGAGGAGUUCGAUCAGGGCAUGGGGCCCAGGCGGUUCCGCUACAACGAGCUCGCCAUCGCCACAAAGCAUUUCUCCGAUGAGGGGAAACUCGGCCAAGGGGGCUUCGGGUCAGUGUACCACGGGUAUUUGAAGGAUGAUGACCUUCAGGUUGCAGUAAAAAGAGUUUCAAAGACUUCUCAACAGGGGAAGAAGGAGUACGUCUCCGAGGUGACAAUCAUAAGCCGGUUAAGGCACCGCAACCUCGUGCGACUCAUCGGUUGGUGCCACGGCGGCGGUGAGCUUUUGCUUGUCUAUGAGCUGAUGCCGAAUGGCAGCCUCGAUACUCACAUUCACAACCCGGAGACCGUCCUAUCAUGGCCACUCAGGUAUGAGAUAGUUCUUGGCAUAGGGUCUGCCCUUUUAUACCUGCAUCAGGACUGGGAGCAAUGUGUUCUGCACCGAGACAUCAAGCCAAGCAACUUGAUGUUGGAUGCAUCCUUCAAUGUGAAGCUCGGUGAUUUUGGGCUGGCAAGACUCGUGCAACACGGGCAAGGAUCACACACCACUAUGCUCGCCGGAACAAUGGGCUACAUGGACCCGGAGAGCAUGGCUUCCGGAAGAGCCAGCACCGAGUCUGACGUCUACAGCUUCGGCGUGGUCAUCCUCGAGAUUGCCUGCGGCCGGCGCCCGCUCCUGGUCCUGCGGGGAAAUGAAGCAUGCACCAUGCACCUAGUGCAAUUUAUUUGGGAAUUAUAUGGCGCUCGAAGGAUCCUUGACGCAGUAGAUCAUCGACUAAAUGACGAGCUUGACAGCCAAGAGAUCCAGCGUGUGAUGAUCGUCGGGCUUUGGUGCACACACCCUAAUAGAAGCCUGAGACCGUCCAUAAGGCAGGCGAUGAACGUGCUGAGGACUGAGGCACCGUUGCCGAGCCUCCCCGCCAAGAUGCCUGUUGCCAUGUUUGUUUCGCCGGUUGACAGCUUCUUAUCUGAAUCUAUAACUGGAACAACGACCAUCAGCAGCGGUAGCGGUGGGACCUACGGCGCAGGCACCACGCAUUCUAGCACCUAG